GCUGGCAUACUUUGAGCCCGCUCUCACAGACCAUCAUGGCGGACGAACGUGGCUGAAAAAUAAACGGUUUGACUUCAUCGUAUUCUACAUAAUGGAUUCAGACGAUGGCCUUAUGCUGAACCUGACGAACUUUUCUACAGAGGAUACUAAGAAAUCCGCCAUCAGAACCGGCCCUAAGAAACCAUUUAAGAGGAAAGAGAAGGGCAAUGAUUACCAGAAAAGUACUCAUAGAUUUGACUUUACGCAAGGUUAUGCCAUCAGCACAUCAAACGAAACUAAGAACACAGACAAUGUGAAGAAGGGAACCGGUAUUUCUUCAGAGGACAAGACUCCCUUACAUUUAAAGGACGCGAGUCCUAGGGGAAAGGAUUUCGGCUCAUUCCAGGUCAUAUCAAGCUUGUUCAGGCACAAUCCAGCUAUUCCAGAAGUUAAAAGAAUUCUCAAGAAAGACAAGAAAACACAGCAGUCACUUGAAAAUAAGCCACUUUUUACUGGAGACAAGUUUAGUGACCUUGCAUUAUCAUCUCAUAUGGUUUCAAAUCUUGAAAACAAUGUUGGGGUCAGCAAGCUAACCAGUGUACAAAAAGCUGCAAUCCCAACUCUCUUGGCUGGAGAAGAUGUUUGUAUCAAGUCUAAGACUGGAUCAGGCAAGACCUUAUGCUAUGCUAUCCCAGUAGUGCAAACACUGCAGGACAUUGUUCCAAAGAUAGAGAGAGCUGAUGGUCCAUAUGCUGUUGUACUUGUCCCUACAAGGGAGCUUGCACUUCAAAGUUUCAAUCUUCUUUUAAAACUUGUCAAGCCUUUUCAGUGGGUUGUUCCUGGACUUGUUGUUGGGGGAGAGAAACGCAAAUCUGAGAAAGCUAGAUUACGGAAAGGAAUCAAUAUUCUUGUGGCCACCCCUGGGAGACUUCUUGAUCACAUAGAGAAAACCCAGUGCUUAACCUUCAGGAAUGUACAAUGGAUAGUUUUAGACGAGGCUGACAGGUUGCUUGAUAUGGGUUUUGAAAAAGAUGUCUCAGCAAUUUUGAAGGCCAUCAAAGAUCAACAAAUAAAGGCAAUGCACAGGCAGGCAGUGCUUCUCUCAGCAACUCUUACUCAAGGAGUCAAACAACUUGUUAGCAUUGCCCUGAGUAAUCCACAGUUUGUUAGUGAAUCAGGAUUAAAUCAACAGGUCGAGAAGGAUGGCUCUUUAGACGAGUCUGUUCUGGCUCAAAUUCCUAGCCAACUUAAACAGUACUUUGUUAUUGUCCCAAGCAAGAUGAGACUGGUUUCCCUUGCUAGCUUCAUACUCUCUAAAGUCCAGGAAAGUCCCCAGAAUAAGAUGAUUGUGUUCUUAUCAAGUCGGGACUCAGUUGAUUUCCACUAUGGAUUAUUUGACAAGUGCCUUGGCUUGGGAGCAGGCAAGAAACCAGAGCUAUACAAACUACAUGGGAGCAUGUCACAGACGGAGAGAACAGACGUCUUCACCAAGUACAGCAGUAGCCAAGAGGGUAUUCUGCUUAGCACCGAUGUGGCCGCGCGGGGCCUGGACCUUCCUCGAGUUAGCUGGAUAAUACAGUAUGACACACCUGGGAGCGCAGUAGACUAUGUUCACCGCGUGGGACGGACGGCAAGGAUAGGCUGCGAAGGGCAAGCCUUGCUUUUUCUUACUCCUGCAGAGGUGAAGUAUCUAGAGACUCUUUCAGAAUUCAACAUCAGGCCUGAAGAACUUUCCGUUUCCAAAAUUCUUCAAACACUGACAUCAAUUAGUAGUAAAGAUGUCAAAAAGGGGCUCCAAGAUCGUUUAGUCCAGGAAGCCGCAACAGGACUUCAGAUGUCAUUCGAAAAGCAAGUGCUGUCCAACCCAGAUGACUUAAAAGCUGCUAAGAAAGCAUUCCAGUCGUUUGUGCGGUCUUACGCUACCUUCCCGGCAUCCCUUAAGCACAUCUUCCACGUAAACAAUCUCCACCUGGGUCACGUGGCCAAGGCGUUUGCCCUCAGGGACCCUCCCACGGGAAUAUCAGGAACGACAAGGGACUCAAAAAGCGUUACAAAGAAAAAACAGAAAUCACAGCUCUCGAGAAAACGCAAAUCUGUAGUGGUUGAGGAACAUUCGAGUGAGGCAGCUAUGCAAGGUCCAAUGGCGGGAAAGAAAAGAAAAGGAAAGCGGGCCCAGAUAAGCUAGUCAUUAUCUAUGUAAGGUCCAAUGGCGGGAAAGAAAAGAAAAGGAAAGCGGGACCAGGGAAGCUAGUCAUUAUCUAUGCAAGGUCCAAUGGCGGGAAAGACGAGAAAAGGAAAGCGGGCCCAGGGAAGCCAGUCAUUAUCUAUGUUGGGUCCAAUGGCGGGAAAGACGAGAAAAGGAAAGCGGGACCAGAGAAGCCAGUCAUUAUCUAUGCUGUGUCCUACGGCGAGAGAGAUGGGAGAGAUAACGCGGAUAUAGGAAAAUAAUCCCCACAUCUCAAGUGAGGCUAUUUGGCGGGGAAAUAGAGGAAGAUAAAGUGGACAUAGAAAAGCUAAUAAUUACUCGCCCAUUAACUCACAAAUUCAUGCUUUUAUCAUUUUUAUUCUAUUUGAAUUUUACUUAUGACACGACAACAAAAUAUUUACAGCUCUAAAUACAACAGAAAGAUAUUUGUUUUACUCGCGACCUACUCAGUAAGGUGUACAUCAAGAUUUUAAAUAAGGUUGGAAAAAUAAAAAAUGGAGACGUCAAAAAGUAAUAAAAAUAAGUAGCGAGUAAAGCAAUCUCCCCCGUGGUCUUCAGGGAUUUCAGCUGACGCCAUGAAAAUUACCCAGAAGACCCUGGGAACAUGGUUGCAAGUGAGGGGCCCCAUUCUGACCAUGUUGGUGGUAUUUUUGGCAUAAAUAGUAAAAUAAAAAGAGAAUGGUGA